AUGCACGGCGAGGGUUUCGUUGGGGAUUUGGGGUCAGGCCGGGUCGCGCCAGCAGUGGGAGCGCAGGGAGACGGGCCCGUGGGCACACGGGACUCAGUGUUUUGGGGAGGGACGCGGGUCUGGCCCUCACCCGCCGUGGGUGAGGGUGGGGGGUCCCCCACCCUGACGAGGUCUGACGUGAGCGACGCCUUUUUCGGGUGCGGGAGGAAUGCCGUUUCCCUAAGGAAACCGGCAGGCUCGCCGACGGCUCUGUUCUCCGGAGCCCUUAUCCCGGCGCCCGCUCCGGGCGUUGCUCUGUGGGUGGCCCCGGAGCUGCGUUUCGGCUCUUUCACCCUGCCGAACCCUUUCCCUCGCAGCCUGCCGAUGUUCACCGUCCUGCGAAGGUUUUCCAUCCUGUUUACAAUGUUUGCCGAAGGAUUCUUGCUCAAGAAGAAGUUUUCUUGGAGUGUUCAGAUGACAGUAUUUGCUAUGAUCAUCGGGGCGUUCGUAGCUGCUAGUGCUGACUUGGCAUUUGAUCUGGAAGGAUAUAUUUUUAUCCUUAUUAACGAUGCCUUAACAGCUGCAAACGGUGCCUAUGUGAAACAGAAGCUGGAUUCAAAGGAGCUGGGAAAAUACGGUCUGCUGUAUUACAAUGCACUGUUUAUGAUCCUUCCCACCUUGACCAUUGCCUACUUCACCGGAGAUGCGCAGAAGGCAAUGGAGUACCAGGGCUGGGCAGACACGCUCUUCGUCGUGCAGUUUACGCUGUCGUGUGUAAUGGGGUUUAUUUUGAUGUACUCCACGGUUCUUUGCACUCAGUAUAAUUCUGCUCUUACAACUACAAUAGUUGGCUGCAUUAAGAAUAUUUUAAUAACCUAUAUUGGGAUGUUUUUUGGAGGAGACUAUAUUUUUACAUGGACGAACUUCAUUGGUUUAAAUAUCAGUAUUGCUGGAAGCCUGGUGUAUUCCUACAUCACUUUUACGGAGGAGCAAAUGAGCAAGCAGUCUGAAGCUGGCAUCAAGAUGGAUAUUAAAGGAAAAAGCUCUGUGUGACCAGGGAGAGGCUUUUUCUGGAAGCAACCUAUUUCUGUUCAGCUGAUCACGGGCAGAACGCGGGAAGGAAUCCGGGGUGUCUGCCAUGGAGUAACGGUGAUGCUCUUAAUUUGCACAACCUAGAUUGCUGCCUUUACAAAUUAUUGGGACGAUAACUGACUGCACGGUGAAGAAUAUAUCUAAUUAAGUCUGAUUGUGGGGAAUUAAUGGGUUUCUAAUCACGCUGAGAUUUGGCAGUAGAGAUUGGCACAGGCAGCGUACACGUUUGAAUCGUGGAGGACUGUGCCAGCUCGGAGGGCCGUACCCCGAGCAUCCUUGGCUGCGUCUGGGAUGGGGGCUGG